UCCUGUUUGCUGCUUCUCUCUUUCUCAGAGCUCACUUCAGACACUUUUUUAGAGAUCUCGCCGACAGCCUACAAAGGAGCAACAAAAAGAGACCCUCUUAUCUGCAGUUCGCCUGGUAAGAUGAUGCGAGCGUCGCUCAUCACCGUCUUUUUGAUGAUCAAUCCUGCCUGUGCUGAAUCCCUUGGAAACAUGAACGUCUGUUAUAUCCUGGAUGGGAUCCUCAUCCUCUACGGCAUCAUUCUCACCGUCUUAUACUGCAGACUGAGGAUUCAUCAAACCAGUAAACCUGCGAACAACCCUGAGAAGCAGCCCGCUGAGGGAGGCAUCUAUGCGGUGAGACUUCUCAUUCUAAUGCUUAAAAAGACAUUUAAAAUGGCACAUGAUGGAAAAGUGACAGCUUACCGCAAAGCGGACGGGUCUGAGCUCUCACACUACUGACACCUACGAGAGCAUCAAAAUAGACAAGAAGCCGAUUGUCUGAUGAAAGAAGAUUUGGCGCAGAGAGGAUGGCGAGCACAAAAAACAUUGAGUUGAAUCUUGUGAAGCUUUAUACUGUAAAUUAAUUUGUGUUAAAUGGCAGCGGGCCUGUGCAUGAAGCUCCACGUGCAUUUUCUUCCUUUUUGUUGUAAAAAUACCUCUUAUUUCUAACCUUUGUGUCUUGCAUGAAUUAGAUGUUUAAACUACAAAAUUAUUUAACAAUGUACUGAUGAAAGCUAUGUCAUUGUGUCUUCACUGCAUGUCGCUCCGUGUUUCACAGCUGGUUUCACACAGUCUACCAAAAAACAGAAGUUUAAUUUUAGCUUUUGUUUCUUUUCUCGUGUUCCUUUUUCUUAUAAAUUCAGGAGCAGAAAUAGAGUCGCAACUAGUCAUUAUUUUCAUUAUGGAUUCACCUGCCAAAUCAAUGGUGACGUCUUCAAAUGUUUUGUCCACAUCCCAAAAGA